UAUCAUCGCUCAGCCAACAUGGUAAGUUCACUCUCGUCCAACGAUCAUCUGUUUCGUUGCUGAUAACAUCGAACGCAGGUCAAAGUCGGUAUCAAUGGGUAUGUUAUCAUCGUCAGUUGAGGCUUUUAUCGCUGAUUGGAUAUUGUCUCCUUUGUUGCUGCAUAGUUUCGGUCGUAUUGGCCGUAUCGUCAUGCGCAAUGCCAUCGAGAACCAGGACAUCGACGUCGUUGCUAUCAACGAUCCCUUUAUUGAGUUGGACUACAUGGUUUACAUGUUCAAGUACGAUACCGUCCACGGCCGCUUUAAGGGCGACGUCCACACCGCGGACGGAAAGCUUUACAUCAACGGCAAGCCUAUUCAUGUUUUCGGUGAGCGGGAUCCCAGCAACAUCAAGUGGGGUUCAGUCGGCGCUGAGUACGUCGUCGAGUCCACUGGUGUCUUCACCACCAUCGACAAGGCCUCUGCUCAUUUGAAGGGUGGUGCAAAGAAGGUUAUCAUCUCCGCCCCUUCAGCUGAUGCACCCAUGUUUGUCUGCGGUGUCAACCUUGACGCUUAUGACUCCAAGUACACCGUUAUCUCCAACGCCUCUUGCACGACAAACUGUCUUGCGCCCCUCGCCAAGGUGAUCGAUGACAGCUUCGGCAUCGAGGAGGGUCUCAUGUCGACCAUCCACGCAACGACAGCUACCCAGAAGACUGUCGACGGUCCUUCCAACAAGGACUGGCGCGGUGGCCGUGCUGUUAACAACAACAUCAUCCCUUCCUCUACGGGUGCCGCCAAGGCAGUCGGAAAGGUCAUUCCUUCCCUGAACGGAAAGCUCACUGGUCUUGCCUUCCGUGUUCCCACUUUGGACGUCUCCGUCGUCGACCUCGUCGUGCGCCUCAAGAAGCCCGCCACCUAUGAUGACAUCAAGGGGGCCGUGAAGGCCGCCGCUGAUGGCCCUCUCAAGGGCAUCCUCGCAUACACGGAUGAAAACGUCGUCUCGACGGACUUCCUCGGCCACCCUGCAUCGAGCAUCUUCGAUGCCACCGCGGGUAUCAUGCUCAACCAGCAGUUCGUGAAGUUGAUUUCAUGGUACGACAACGAGUGGGGUUACUCGAAGCGUGUGUGUGACUUGCUUGUGUACGCUGCCAAGAAGGAUGCGGGUAACUAAAGAAAAAGCUGCGAACACCCAGAAUCAUGCCGUAAUCGAGGUCUUAGUAAUAAAAAUAAAUGUUGUAUUUCUGCACGGACCCUCUCUUCUAUUCCACUUAUCCAAGUCGGUAUCGAGUGUGUAUUUAAUUGGGGUGAGUGAGUUGAUUGUGUCAG